GGCUACCCUGCCAUGGCGUCUCCGUCCGAGUUCCUGGAUGACCUGGCCGCUUCAUGUCUCUCCCCGCGCGGCCCUCCCAAUCUGCCCGAGCUGUAUAGCGAGGCGCAGCGGCUGGCCAUGGAGGAGCUGGUGGCUGGGGGCCGCGAUGCCUUCCUCACUUUCUUGCGGCGGGAAAAUGUAACCUGCUUCCUCUCGGAGGAGGAGAUCCAGGGCAUCCUCCAGGCUGUCGAGCGGCCCCGAGCCCGGGGGGAAGACAGUGUUGCCGACGAGUCCUUCAGCUCAUCCCAGGAUUGCUCCUCGCUCACUUAUUUUCCCGAGCAGUCGGACAUCGAGCCGCCGAUUCUGGAGCUGGGCUGGCCCGCCUUCUACCGUGGCGCGUACCGCGGCGCCACCCGGGUGGAGGCGCAUUUCCAACCUUGCUUCCAGGACUCGCCAUACGGCUGCAAGGACGCGGUGCGCAAGCAGAUCCGCUCGGCCAAGGAGGUUAUUGCUGUGGUUAUGGAGUCAUUCACAGAUAUUGACAUCUUCAGAGACCUACAAGAAGUAUGUAGGAAGCAAGGGGUGGCCGUGUAUAUUCUUUUGGACCAGGCUCUGAUCCGUCACUUCCUGGACAUGUGUGCGAAUCUAAGAGUCCAUCCUGAACAGGAAAAGCUUAUGACUGUUCGAACUAUUACUGGAAAUAUAUACUAUACAAGGUCAGGCACUAAAAUUGUUGGGAAGAUCCAUGAAAAAUUCAUGUUAAUUGAUGGCAUUAGAGUGGCAACUGGCUCUUAUGGCUUUACCUGGACUGAUGGCAAAUUAAAUAGCAGCAACUUGGUGAUUCUGUCAGGCCAGGUGGUUGAACAUUUUGACUUAGAGUUCCGGAUCCUCUAUGCCCAAUCAAAACCGAUCAGUCCCAAGCUCCUGUCCGUGUGUAGGAGCAGCGACAAGUUUGACCACCUGAUCAACAGAAAAUCCUCGUCUAAGGAACUCACGCUGGGAAACCUUCUGAGGAGGCGGCUGGCCAGACUCUCCAGUACUCCCAACAAGGCCGAGGACUCAGAGGUACCCGCAGAAGUGAAGCUGGAGAACAACUGCUAUGAUGCCAAGACUUCCACCAUCAGCGAGGAGGACUGCCUAAGUCAAGAGGCUGAGUUAGAGUUCAUAAAGGCAAGUGAUGCUGCCACCCAAACGGAGCCGUGGGAGAAGAUGCCGGCGAUAAGGGCGUAUCAUGUGGGGACCCAAACCUGCAUCCCGACAGAGUGUAACAGUACCCAAACCGUGAUUGCUACCCGAGUGACUGGCUCCCAGACAGUGGUUUUCUCAAAAUCUAUCACCACCCAGACUGUAGGCGAGCCUGGAGAGCUGCCUUUUUCUCAGGGGACCCGCUCGAAAGAUGUAUCCCCAGCAUCUAAAAUGUCCACUGCCCCAUCUACAUCUUCCAGCGUGAAGUCCUUUUCUUCUUUGUCUUCCCAAGGCUCUGUGGCAAGCUCUGUUGGCUCCCAUUCCUCUACCAGGGCUACCGAGUUUCUGCAUCCUGGGUAUCCCAAAUACUCUGGCAACCGCCACCGGGAAGCGUGCCCCAGGGACUCUUUUAGAAACUUAAAUAAAGAGAGAGCGUUUCACUUUACCGGCAUCAGGUCCCGGCUCAAUCACAUGCUGACCUUGCUAUCCAGGAGAACAAUUUUGGCUGAAAGCUAUCUGGGCUGUAAUCCUGGGAGUUAUACCACGACACCACUUGGGGUUGGCAACAAUUUACUUGCCAUUCGGGAUAUUGCACCGUACCCUUCUUACCGGUGA